CCUUACAAAGCGUCACGAGUUACAUGAGUGAUCAUGGGGAGAUGAGAAAGUACUAGUUAGCCAGUAACGGCUGCAAUUGAUGAAGAGGUUUUCUGGAAAGUUAGAGCGGCAAGUUUCCCGAGGUGAACCAUGGCUAACAUCACCAAGAAAGUGUCGUGGUCGAGCCGGGGCGACGAGUCCGGGGCCGGGGAGGGAACCCCGCUGCUGAACGGCUCCGAGCCGCGGGUCCCCGCACAGCUCUCUGGAGGAAUCACUGUAUGUCAAGUAGGCAGACUCAGCACGGUGGAUUUGGAAGAGGAGAUAACGACAGAGGAGGACUCUGCAAGAGGAAGGCCUAAAGAGAUCCCUCACAACGAGAAACUGCUGUCACUUAAAUAUGAGAGUCUGGACUAUGACAACAUUGAAAACCAGCUGUUUCUGGAAGAGGAGAGGAGGAUGAGUUUCAUGGGUUUCCGCUGUCUGGAGAUCAGUCGCUGGGUGGUCUGCGGCCUGAUCGGCUUCCUGACGGGCCUCAUCGCCUGCUUCAUAGAUAUUGUGGUGGAGCAGCUGGCAGGGAUCAAGUACCAUGUGAUUAAAGAGAAUAUUGUUAAGUUUACAGAAACAGGUGGACUCUCCAUUUCUCUCAUCCUCUGGGCUGUUCUGAACUCCUCCUUCGUCAUGGUGGGCUCCAUCAUUGUUGCGUUCAUUGAGCCCAUCGCAGCUGGAAGUGGUAUCCCUCAGAUAAAAUGUUACCUAAAUGGAGUCAAGAUUCCCAGGGUGGUACGACUCAAGACGCUGGUGGUGAAGGUUUGUGGGGUGAUCUGUUCAGUCGUAGGCGGUCUUGCUGUGGGGAAGGAAGGUCCCAUGAUUCACUCCGGUGCCGUUGUGGCUGCAGGUGUAUCCCAGGGCAGGAGCACCUCCUUAAAGAGGGACUUAAAGAUAUUUGAAUACUUCCGGAGAGACACAGAAAAAAGGGACUUUGUUUCUGCCGGAGCUGCUGCCGGAGUCUCGGCUGCUUUUGGAGCCCCAGUUGGUGGUGUUUUGUUCUCCUUGGAGGAAGGAGCGUCUUUCUGGAACCAGAUGUUGACAUGGAGGAUUUUCUUUGCCUCCAUGAUCUCCACCUUCACCCUGAACUUUUUCCUCAGUAUCUAUCACAAUAAACCAGGAGACCUUUCUAAUCCAGGUCUCAUCAACUUUGGUCGCUUUGAAAGUGAUAGUAUGGAGUAUAACCUCUAUGAGAUCCCCCUGUUCAUUGCUAUGGGAGCUAUAGGAGGAGUGUUGGGAGCUUUGUUCAACAUACUCAACUACUGGCUGACCAUCUUCAGGAUAAGAUACGUCCAUCGCCCGUGCCUGCAAGUGAUGGAGGCCAUGUUGGUUGCAGCAGUGACCGCCACAGUGUCUUUCACCAUGAUCUACUUCUCCAACGACUGCCAGCCUCUGGGCCCAGACCACACAGAGGAGUACCCUCUGCAGUUGUUCUGUGCAGAUGGGGAGUAUAACUCCAUGGCAACGGCCUUCUUUAACACUCCUGAGAGAAGCGUGCGGAGUCUUUUCCACGAUUCACAAGGAACCUACAAUCCUCUGACACUGGGUUUAUUCACGCUGACGUAUUUCUUCCUGGCGUGUUGGACGUACGGCCUGGCGGUGUCUGCUGGGGUCUUCAUCCCGUCUCUCCUAAUCGGAGCAGCGUGGGGGAGGCUGUGUGGAAUACUGCUCUCCUCCAUCACUUCAGCUGGCACGAGCUGGGCUGACCCUGGUAAAUACGCAUUGAUUGGAGCUGCAGCUCAGUUAGGCGGCAUUGUGAGAAUGACUCUCAGUUUGACUGUUAUUUUGGUGGAGGCAACGGGGAACAUCACUUACGGCCUUCCAAUCAUGCUCGUCCUCAUGACUGCCAAGAUAGUGGGAGAUUACUUUCAAGAGGGUUUAUAUGAUAUCCACAUCAAGCUGCAGAGUGUUCCCUUCCUGCACUGGGAGGCUCCUGCCACCUCCCACUGGCUGACUGCCAGGGAGGUAAUGAGUUCUCCAGUCACCUGUUUGAACAGGAUAGAGAAAGUGGGGACCAUUGUCGACACCCUUAGCAACACGUCGACCAAUCACAACGGCUUCCCUGUUGUCGUGCAGGUUUCUGAGAAUGAUGAGCCAGCUAAACUCUGCGGCCUCAUCCUCCGUUCUCAGCUCAUCGUUCUUCUCAAACACAAGGUGUUUGUGGAGUUGGCUCGGUCCCGGUUAACUCGGAGGAAGCUCCAGUUAAAAGACUUCAGGGAUGCCUACCCUCGCUUCCCUCCAAUCCAGAGCAUCCACGUUUCCCAGGAUGAAAGGGAGUGUAUGAUGGACCUCACCGAGUUUAUGAACCCAACACCAUACACAGUACCGCAGGAAACGUCUCUGCCUCGUGUAUUUAAACUCUUCAGAGCACUGGGACUCAGGCACCUGGUGGUAGCAGAUGAUGAGAACAGGGUUGUUGGACUGGUCACCAGGAAAGACUUGGCCAGGUAUCACCUGGGCAAACACGGACUGGAGGAGCUUCAGCUGGCUCAGACAUAGUACACACACUUACUAUGGACUAUGAUCCUGCCCCAGGGGCUGCCCAUCAACAUCUAUGCACCUCUGAAGGAUUCUUCCAAGGCCCACAAUAUCUUUUAUUGCUUAGAUGAUUCUGAGAAUAACUUCCUCUUGCUAAACAAGACUGAAACUGAGGUGGUUAUGACUUGUAGUUGGUGUGAAUUUUUUCCUUAUUUUUUUUUCUUGUGCCAAGUCAUGUUUAGAUAACGUUUUGAUUCCUUUUUUUCUGCGAUUGGGCAACAUUUUUUCUCAUUUUUACAGACUGAGGUACGCUGAUCUGGGUCAUAUAUCUAUUGUUUUGAUGAAAAGCUCCCUUGGAGCCACUGUGUAGCAGUACUACUUCUGACCACACGGGGGCAGCAUAUCACAACUUAAUGUAUCACCCUCUGGUAUAAACACGGAGAACUGCACCUCUGGUGGGGCAAAGUGAUGUUACAAGACACACUGGCUCAUCCCCAGUCAUUAGCACAGUUUGAAACACGGCAUCUUUAAGCUCCCCUGUGGUCCAAAGUGGUAUUGCUACCUAGACUGGCUUUAAAAGCAAUUCUGUGUUAAGCUUGAUGUAGUUUUGGUUUGACUUGCAGCUUCCUGGAAGUGGUUUCAACAAUGGAGAUGGCAACGGCUGACUCUCAAAUGUGUAAACUCCUGUGCCGAUGCACCUCAGGUGUAAAAAUCAAACUAGCUGGAAAAAAAAUGGAGAACCCUCUGUUUUUGUUUUGCUGACAAAACAUCCAGACAUUUGUUGUCCUAUUCUGCCUCCUCAACAUCACCAUUAACCAUUAUGACAUCCGUCUGCUCCUGUGAAGAUGCAGAAACUAAUUAUUGACAGUUUAAAGUGAUGCAGAUGGAUACUUUUGUCCAACUUCUGAAUCACACAAGUCAUUUAAAUUUGUUUACGUAGGACGUUUCAUGAGUGCUCAUGUUGGCCACGUCACUGACCAGUUCAGGUUUUUAAUGUUGUCCACACUUGUGUAGUUUUGCACUGAGAGAAUGUUAUUUAUUGUUAAUGUUGCAUACUUGUUUUAAUUUAAAGAUGGGUACGGCUGUUGGGAGAGAGUUUGGCUUCUACAUCCCUUGAUUCAGCACUCUGCUCUUUUUAAUAUUUAUCUUGCAUAAAGGAGAAAAUGCAUGGACAUCUGUCCAGCCGGAUGCAGACCCCUGCUCCAUCUGUCUUUCUGCCAGUCCUAUUAAGCAUAUAUUCUUAUAAGAUGUCCUUGUACUACUGACAGUAAUAACCAGGUUGGGGUGUAAAGACACAGAUGAGCUUUGUUCCCUUGCUCCAAAAGGUUUGCACUUUCUGCUGAAGUCUGUAAAAUUUGAAGUAGCCAAAGAUGAAGUUCCACUUGUCUUUGAGCAAUUGGUCAGUUUCUUUUCCCCCGAGACACAAAACACAAUUUUUCAGAUGAUUUAUGUCAGUUUUUGCAUCUAACAUUUCUUCAGUUGUCAGUGUUAGUUUUCUUUGCACUUUGUCAUUAUGCGUAUCAGAUUUCUUUCCUGCUGUGUGACCUUUGUUACACUGGAUGUAAAAAUGUCUCCUUCAUUCUAUUUUUUAACCUACCAGAUGAGCCUUUUGUGAAAUAAUAAAAUUGAAAUCU